AUGAGUUGGGACGACGAAGAUUUUGAUAUUCCAUCGAAUAAUAAAAAAACCGUUAGUGCAUCUUGGGAAGACGAAGAAGAAGAUGAUCCAGUUUUGGAAUCAUGGGAUAUCGAUCCUGAAGAAGAAGAAAAGAAGAAAAAGGAGGCAAAAUUACAAGAGGCUAAAAGAAAAGCUGAACUAAAAGCCAAAGAGGAUGCAGAAAAGGCGAAAAAAGCUGCCAAAAGAAAAGAAUUAGAACAAUUUGAUCAAUUGGAUGAAAGAACUCGUAAAGAAUUAUUGAAGAAAGCUGAAUUAAAUGCCGAUUUGAAUAAUGCUGCUGAUUUGUUUGGAGGGUUGGGUGUUGCCAACGAUGAUGAUGGUGAUGAUUUUGAUAUUAAUGAGCAUCCAAGAGAAAGAAUAACUAAACAACAAUUAGCUGCUGCAGCUAGUAAAAGACCAGCAUUAACCAAAGAUACACCUUUGGAAGAACAUCCAUUGUUCCAACCUACAAACAAACAAGAAUAUGAAAAGUUAAGAAAGACCGUUGGUACCUCAUUGACAAGAUUGAAUGAAGAUUCUUCUUUAUUGUAUGCAUCUAGUUUGGCCGUUGAUUUGAUAAGAGACUUGUCACAACCAUUAUCAGUGGAAAACCUUAGGAAAGUUAUCAGCACCUUGAAUGUGGUGAUUAAGGAGAAAGAAAGACAGGAAAGACAAGCAAGAUUAAAGAAAGCUGGUGGUACUGCUACUGGUGGGGCCGGUAAAAAGAAAGCUAAACCACUCGCCAGACCAAAUGUAGGUGGGUUCAAGAAGGAUGCAUUUGAUGAUAUGGAUGAUGGUCAAUUUGAUGAUUUAGAUGAUGAUGAUUUUAUGUAA